AUGGAGGUUGGGGAUGAUUGGGUGCCCUGUUUCCCAGAAUUCCCCAAUAUCACCUGCUGGAUCCCACCGCCUGCUUUGGCUGAAACAUUGCUCAUUGACAUUACACUGUACUCCAUCUCUGUGCUCACUGCUUCCCUCAACCUGCUCAUCAUCAUCUCAGUCUCCCACUUCAGGCAGCUAUACACACCCACCAACAUCCUCCUCCUCUCUCUGGCUGUCUCAGAUUUCCUUGUGGGCCUCCUGGUGAUGCCCGUAGAAACACUACAAACAGCACAUUGCUGGUUUUUUGGUCACCUUUUGUGUUCUCUUCAUAGGUUUGUGUCCAACAUCACUAACUCUGCCUCAGUUGUAAACAUGGUGCUCAUAUCAGUUGACCGCUAUGUGGCUAUUUGUGACCCUCUGCAUUACACCACCAGAAUCACUGUGAAUAGAGUUAGAGUCUGUGUUUGUCUCUUAUGGUUCUGUUCUGUUGUCUACAAUAGUUAUUACUUUAAUUUACAUCUUAAUCAACAAGAAGAAGACAUUUAUUACUGCUAUGGAUAUUGUGGAAGUUUAGCGGAUAACACUGCCGCUGAUCUUCAGCUUGUUUUAAACUUUAUUGUUCCUGUUACCACAAUCAUAGUUUUAUAUACGAGAGUCUUUGUUGUGGCUGUGUCUCAAGCUCGUGCCAUGCGCUCUCACAUUACAGCUGUCACAAAGCAGAGUUCAGUGACUAAAACAGCAAAGAAAUCUGAGCUGAAAGCAGCCAGGACUCUUGGUGUUUUGGUAGUUGUGUUUCUAAUGUGUUUCAUGCCAAAUUACUUUGUAACUUUUGGAGGACAUGAAUCCAUGAGCCUUUCAACUCAAUACUUUAUUAUGUAUCUGUACUUUUUUAACUCUUGUCUAAACCCUGUGGUUUAUGCCUUGUUUUACCCCUGGUUCAGAAGAACAGUUAAACAUAUUGUUACUCUUCAGAUCCUGCAGCCUGGCUCCUGUGAGGCCAACAUACUGUAGAGAAGCUGUGGAAGGAUGAGGAAAGGAAAUUGGUGAGAAAAAAAAAGUAUUUCUGUGUUUUCCCUCCCUGCUGAUUUUUGUACAAAAGGACGUAGAAGUCAAAUGAUA